GUGGCCGAAACUGUCCGAUGAGAUAGGGUCUGAAGGAUAGAUACGCAUCAAUUGUACUUGAUAUACGUUUCAAUAAAAAGUCUUGAUAAUGAAGUUCAGAGGUGUUAUGGUUGAAAAAGGAUGUAUGAAAGAGUUUCAUAACAUAACAAUGAUGCUAUCUAGGUUAUCUCGUGAGUGUGUUAUGAGACUUACAAGUGAUAAAAUUUUUUUUGUUGUUACACAAGAAACUCUUUCACUCACUCAACCUCCUUUAGUUUGGUGUGAAUUAGAUCAACGAGCAUUUUUCAAUGAAUAUAUAAUGACUGGAGUAGAUGAUGAACAUAAUGAAAUUUACUUAUCAUUUGGACCAGCGUAUUUGAAUCAUGCCCUUGUAACUUUGAAGCAAAAUGUUAAAUUAAUGAAUAUUAAACUAGCUAAGAAAGAUCAGCCAUGCCUGUCUUUAAAAAUAGAACAACCAUCAAUAUCUUCUCAAGAAAUAAGAAUAGUUCGUCAUGACAUUCCUGUAAUAGUUAUACCCAGAAGAAUAUGGACACAAUAUGAACAACCUGUAUUGCCGGAACCUGAUAUUUCAAUUAUUAUGCCUAGCUUAAAGAGAGUAAAAAAUGUCUUAGAACGAGUAAAAACAUUUUCCCCAUAUGUUGAAGUAGAAAUAAACAAGAAUGGAUAUUUAACAAUCACUUCUGAAACAGACAUGACACGUAUUUCUGUCUAUUUCAAUAAUUUAGUUAUUCUAGAUAAUAAGUUAACAGGCAGCGAAGAAGUAGCAUCAUGCCAAAUUAAAAUUAAGAAACUUCUUUUGUUUUUAUCUGCUGAGCAGGUACAACAUACCAGAGCAGUUUGUACUAUUAAAUCAGAUCUGUAUGUACACAUUAGUCUAGAAAAUCAAAAUAUUGUUAAUAUACAAUGCUAUAUUCCAACUGUUGAAUAAAAACAAUAUAAAGUCUUAUUUUUCCUCUUAUU